AAGGGAGCACACCCUGGCUGAGUACAAGCCCGUCUCCUCCUCCACCUAGGCGCACCACACCGUGUCCGGCCACCCUCAGCUCACAAAAGACAUCGACUACAAGACCAACCCACAAGUCAAGCCGCCCUAUUCCUACGCCACCCUCAUCUGCAUGGCGAUGGAAGCCAGCAAGGAGCCCAAAAUCACCCUCUCUGCCAUUUACAAGUGGAUUAAUGACAACUCCUGCUACUUCCGACAUGCCAACGCCACCUGGCAGAAGUCUAUCCGGUGCAACCUCUCCUUCAACAAGUGCUUCAUCAAGGUGCCCCAGGAGAAAGGCGAGCCAGGGAGAGGUGGGUUUUGGAAGCUUGACCCCCAAUAUGCCGACCGGCUCCAGAAUGGCGCCUUCAAAAAGCGAAGGAGGCCCCCAGUGCAAAUUCCCCCGGCCUUCAGCAAACAAGCACAGCAAGAAGCCAGCCCGGCCACUUCAGCUUGCACCUCCAGUAACAUCCUCACCAUCAACGCGGAGUCGCAGCAGCUACUGAAAGAAUUUGAAGAAUUCACCGGAGAGCAGAACUGGGAACCAGCGGAUGGCAAAGCAGGGCAGAAGCGCAAGGAGCCCUCACCCAAGCGACCGGCCAAGGUGUCUCGGCUUUCCAGCUCAGCCUUGCUGACCCAGGAGGAGCUAACCGAGCUGGGAUGGCUGAAAGGCGACUUUAACUGGGAAGCCAUCCUUGACACCAACCUCAGCGGAGACUUCUCCACUUUUGGGGAUCUGGAGCUCACACCUCCGAUCAACCCUGCAACAAGCGACCUGGAUGUGAUGGUCCACGGUCACCACAUAGAAUGUCCCCGGAGGCAGAAGCAGGUCCUCACCGAAUCCAACCCGAACAACCUGGACUAUGACGAAACCUUCCUGGCCACUUCUUUUCUGCAGCAUCUCUGGGACGAAGAAAAG